AGGGUCCCUCCCAAGCCGGGGAGAGGGGACGAGGGCUCUUCGCCGCCGCGCGCCUGAGCUCCUGCUCUGAAUUCCUGCCUGUUGGGCUAUUUUUUGCCAGGAGAGGAGGGGGUGCAUCACCUCACACUUUUUUUUUUUUAAAACACUUCUUUUCCCUUUUUCCGCUCCGUCUUUCCCCUUUCCUUCCCCCUGCCCUUCCCUCAGCCAGACCCUCAUCCCUUCUCCGCGGGGGCUUUUUUGCAGCCAUGAGGCUCGUGCCGGGGGGCCCGUCUGGCGAGGGCCGGGGGGGCCAGCGGGCAUAGCUCAUCCCUGCCCGCGGGGAGGGCUGCGUGGAGCGGCGCAGGUGGCCUCUGCAAGCCAACGGACGCGUCUCGCUUGCUGCCCCGUGGGAGGCGAAGCGGCCACGCAGCCCUGAACGACAGGGGGCCCGGGAUGGCGAGCCGGGGCCGCGCACGGAUGGAGCGGACCUACGUCUUUGGCAUCUGCUGCCUGGUGCUCCUGGACCCGGGCUGGGUGGGCACCAGCGAGCCCAGCACGCGGGGCCCCGAGCCCGAGGGGCAGGUGGAGAGCAGCAACGCCAGCUGGGGCCCCACGGCCAAGGAUGUGGCCGCGGCGCCCACCGAAGCCAUGCCGGGCGGCGACCGCUGCCGCGGCUACUACGAUGUCAUGGGGCAGUGGGACCCACCGUUUAACUGCAACCUGGGGAUCUACCAGUACUGCUGCGGGACCUGCGGGUACCGCUUCUGCUGCCAGUUCAAGCCCGGGCGGCUGGACCAAAGCGGCUGCUCCAACUACGACACCCCCAACUGGGUCAACACGGGCCAGCCGCCGGCCAGGGUGGACGAGACCCCUGAGGAUCCCACCCGGGACAAGACCAACAUGAUUGUGUACAUCAUCUGUGGCGUGGUGGCCAUCAUGGUGCUGGUGGGCAUCUUCACCAAGCUGGGCCUGGAGAAGUCGCAGAGCCCCCAGGCAGAGAUGACCAUGUCCAGGACGCUGACGGACCUGCUGAAGCAGCCAGGCCUCGGCCCCUCGGAGCAGCUCGACGGCCACGUGGGCAGCCUCCAGGUGCAGGUUGGCGAGGGGCUCGGCCGCCCACCCCCCAGGAAUGGCCCAGACAAGCUUCACCUGAACAACGCCAUGAUCAACAACCCCAUCGGGGGGGCCCCCAUGGGGCUGCCGCUGGCCCAUGGCAGCCGCCUGCCAUUGCAGGCCCCUGACUAUGCCAAGUACGCCACGCUCAAGGCCGUGGAGAGCGCCCCGGAGGACUUCUACAAGCGCUUCCCCACGGCGGAGCUGUCCCCUGCCGGCGGCCUCCCCUUCCCUGCUGGGGGGCUGCCCCCUGCCGAGGGCCCGGCCCUGCUGGAGGGCUGCCCCCUGGGGCAGGGGGCACCGGGCCCCAAAGCCAAGGGGGUGAAAGCCGGCCCCCCACCGCUGCUGGCCAGCCCGGCCUUCAAAGGGGGCUGGGAGGGGGGCGCCCCCACCGGCCCCCGGCCCGAGGGUCUCCGCCAGGGCUACGCCACUGCGCGCCCCUUCAGUGCCGAGAAGCUGCCCGAGGCCUUCGGCCCCGCGACAACCCACUACGCCCAGCCCCAGCGGCAUCUCUGCACCAACAGCAAGACCGAGGUCACCGUCUAAGUGGAGGGGGAGGCGACGCCGACCCUUUUUCUCCAGUUUCGGCUGCGGCGCCGGCGGGGGGAGGCCCCAUGGCCCAGCCCAGCAGUGCCGUGGUCGCGGCGGCUGGCCUCGGCGGCAAGGGAGCUGCGCCGCAGGACAGGUCUCCUCCCGAGCGAGCGCAGCCGGUGCGCAUGCCGCCCUGCAGGACCGCCGCUGCAGGGGGCCGGGGACGCCCCACAGCGCGGCCGCAGCAGGAGCCCGGCUCUCGCCCGGGGAGGCCGCACGGCGCCAUCGCGACCCGUCACGAGAAACUCAUUGCGGACGCCCUCACCCCUUCCCUCUUUCUCUCCGGGCGGUUCUUCGGUGAGGACACAAAUUCAGCGUUAAGGAAAGUAUAAAUACGCUCCACGUGGGUCAGCUGCCAAGGGCUCGAGACGCGGUUUACAUGUUUCCCUCCAUUCUUGCUCGGCUCCUUCUCGUCGAUUCUUGAACUAACGCCGCCCACCCCGGCUUGAGGUGGGAUGGCGACUAUUUUUGUCUUUCCCUUAUAUGAAUGUUUCAAAGUACGGUCUUAACAAACCUGUAUUUGUUGUUGUGUUUACAGAGAGUUACAGCAGAGGCUGCCCUUCGAGGCUGGAGAGCAGCAAAAUGACGUAGGUCCUACAUAAACUGUGACAUCGG